AUGGUUGGGAGAAAAGAAACGGUUCCUUUGCUACUCGAGCCCGAAAUCGAAUCACAUGAAGGAAGGGAAGAAGAAGGUAACUUGAUUGGCAGGGUGAAGGACGAAUCCAAGAAGCUAUGGAAGAUUGCAGGCCCCACCGUUAUCGGUCGGGUUGUCUUGUACUCUAUGACCGUGGUAACGAUUGCAUUUAGCGGUCAUCUCGGCAACGCAGAGCUUGCUGCCAUGUCCUUAGCCAGUACCGUCCUAAUCGGACUCACCUACGGUGUUUUGCUAGGCAUGGCAAGCGCACUGGAAACCCUCUGCGGCCAGGCAUUCGGGGCCCGCCAAUUCUCCAUGUUGGGUAUCUACCUGCAGCGAUCAUGGAUCGUUCUCUUCCUCAGCGCAAUUCUCUUGCUGCCCCUCUACAUCUUCACGACACCGAUCCUCAAACUGGCAGGCAUGACGGACGAGAUCGCGACACUGACAGGGGCCGUCGCAAUAUGGGUCAUCCCACAGCACUUCGCCUUCGCUUUCAAUCUACCUCUAGAUAGAUUCCUCCAAUGCCAGAGGAAGAAUGCAGUCCCGGCAUGGGUGGGCGGAUUUGUGGCGGUCAUUCACGUGCUCAUAAGCUGGCUGCUUGUAUAUAAACUAGAUCUUGGACUUUUUGCGGUGGCGAUGAUGAUUAGCUUCUCAUGGUCGCUGAAUGCUGUGUUGCUGUUUACAUAUACGGUAUGUGGAGGAUGUCCUCUCACGUGGAGUGGAUUCUCUUGGGAAGCCUUCUCUGGGCUAUGGGAGUUUAUCAAGCUAUCGGCCGCAUCCGGCGUUAUGAUAUGCUUGGAGAACUGGUAUUAUAGAGUUUUGAUCCUAAUGGCCGGUUAUAUGAAGAAUGCAGAGACAGCAGUGGAUGCCCUUUCAAUAUGCAUGAACAUCAAUUCGUGGCAAUUGAUGAUUCCUUUUUCAUUCUUCGCAGCUAUUGGAGUGAGGGUAGCUAAUGAACUUGGAGCUGGCAAUGGGAAAGCAGCCAAGUUUGCAACAAUCAUCGCCGUGGGCACAUCAACGGUGAUCGGAGCCAUCUUCUUUGCUCUAAUACUAGGCUUCCAUGAUAAGUUUGCUCUCAUCUACACCUCAAGCGACAUCCUUCUCAAAGAGGUUGACAAAUUGUCGAUCUUGCUCGCCUUCACCAUUUUCCUUAACAGCGUACAACCUAUUCUCUCAGGUGUUGCGGUUGGUUCGGGGUGGCAAGCGUAUGUCGCAUACAUAAACAUUGGAUGCUACUACUUCAUCGGACUUCCGGCGGGAAUUCUAAUGGCAAUCUUGUUCAAUUUCGGAGUUGUGGGUAUAUGGAGCGGCAUGAUCGGUGGGACUCUCAUCCAAACGUUGAUAUUGGCCAUCAUCACAAUCCGGUCUAAUUGGGAUAUGGAGGCUGAAAAGGCUAGGAUUCGCCUUGAUAAAUAUGGGGGCCGCAAUUUGUUAGAAGCGAACAUCAGUAAAGAGCAGACGAUAGAGUUAUAUGAUGGGAGAGCCUUCUACGUGAAUACCGUUGGGAGAAAAGAAACGGUUCCUUUGCUACUCGAGCCCGAAAUCGAAUCACAUGAAGGAGGGGAAGAAGAAGAAGAAGGUAACUUGAUUGGCAGGGUGAAGGACGAAUCCAAGAAGCUAUGGCAGAUUGGGGGCCCUGCUAUUUUCAGUCGGAUUGCCAUGUACUCUAUGAUCGUCGUGACAAUUGCAUUUAGUGGUCAUCUCGGCAACCCAGAGCUUGCUGCCAUGUCCAUAGCCAGUACCGUCCUCAUCGGAUUAAACUACGGUCUUCUGAUGUUGAGUUCGUCUCUAGCUAGUGGUAGUAAGAGUCUUUUUUGUCAUGGCGGCGUUGCUGGCGGUGGUGGUGGCAUCUUUUGCCUCGUGCCAGGGGCUGUGCAGGAGAGGCCUGGCCGGAUUGCGAAAUCCUUCACGGCAGAUUCCUUGCGGAACUCUGCUUCUGCAACAGGAAACGCUUAA